GCUGAUGCUGUCUAUGUCAGUGCAGUAUGUCUUCUGUUAUGUUUCAGUAAGGCCGACAGUGAUUGAAACAGCCGUGUAUGUCAACAGCAUUGGACCAGUGGACCCCAUCAACAUGGAAUACACCAUUGACAUCUUCUUUGCCCAGACAUGGUAUGACAGCCGACUGAAGUUUAAUAGUUCGAUGAAGCUGCUCAUGCUCAACAGUAACAUGGUAGGCAAAAUCUGGAUUCCUGACACAUUCUUCAGGAAUUCUCGCAAAUCAGACGCCCACUGGAUCACCACUCCCAACCGCCUCCUGAGGCUGUGGAGCAAUGGGAGAGUCAUGUACACACUGAGGUUGACUAUUAAUGCGGAGUGUUACCUUAAGCUGCAUAACUUUCCAAUGGAUGAGCACUCGUGUCCACUGGAGUUUUCAAGCUAUGGUUAUCCCAAGAAUGAAAUCCUCUACCGGUGGCAGAGACGGGCAGUGGAGGUGGCAGACCAGCGGUACUGGAGGCUCUACCAGUUUGCCUUUGUAGGAUUGAGGAACACCUCUGAUGUGGCACACACCCAGUCCGGUGAAUAUGUUAUCAUGACAAUCUUUUUUGACCUGAGUCGGAGAAUGGGCUACUUCACCAUCCAGACAUACAUUCCCUGCAGUAUGAUCGUAGUCUUGUCCUGGGUCUCCUUUUGGAUCAACAAGGAUGCCGUCCCAGCCCGCACAUCUCUGGGUAUCACCACAGUGCUCACCAUGACCACUCUAAGCACCAUUUCCAGGAAGUCCCUGCCCAAGGUUUCCUAUGUUACUGCCAUGGACCUGUUUGUCUCUGUCUGCUUUAUCUUCACCUUUGCUGCCCUCAUGGAGUACGGUACUCUGCACUACUUCACUAGCAACAGACAGACCAAAAAUGCUAAAGCCAACAAUACCAUACAGCAGAAAGCAUCCAGCAUGGUGAAUAUCCGACCUGGCACGUCCCUACUGCAAAUGAACACUAUUGUGCCCUAUCACGAGGAUAGUGACUAUGCUUUCGAGUGUUUGGAUGGAAAAGACUGCACCAGCUUCUUCUGCUGCUUUGAUGACUGCCGCUCAGGUGCCUGGCGUGAAAAUAGGAUGCACGUGCGGGUUUCCAAGAUUGAUUCUUACUCACGAAUAUUCUUCCCCACUGCUUUUGGCCUUUUCAAUCUGGUUUAUUGGAUAGGUUAUCUGUAUCUAUAAAACCAGUACCUCAAAAUAGGACGACUGGAGUUUAAUACCUACAAGCAUUUCACAGAAGCAGAGCUGCUCUUGUAGAAAAAAUAACAGCUACUAUCUUUGGCAAAAAAAUCUAGAGACAAAUUAUUAAUGAUAGUGCCUUGUUGUUCCCCGCACUAGUGAUGAGGCAUGGCACAUGACUGAGGUCUGUCAGUCUGGUCCUCAAUCUGUCAGAGCAAGAUAGGUCCAUAACUACUGGCUAAUAUGCUAUGAAAACCAGUAUGGAUAAUUACUAAUGAUUAUGGUGACCCCCUGACCUUUAAUCUAAAUAUUUCUGCACAAUGCAUCUAAAAGAUAACAAUGAAUUUCUGUGAAAUUUGUAGUGGAUAUUAUAAUUAAUUAAUAACAUUGCAGGGGAAUUGAGCCCAUUUUAUGACCCACAAAAUUCCUACAUGUACACAAAAAAUAUCAAAACAGAGUCAAAAAUAUAAAUAAACCUCUGCCGUUUUGGAUUUGCGCAUAGAUGCAACGUAGAAAAGAUUUAGUUAGCUAAAAUUAUGUUGCAAAUGUUGGAAUUUAAAGUAACAUUAUGUAAAAUUUCGUGUGAUUUGGCAACCCUACCGUGUGUAAUUAAAUGCUGUGGUAAAUAAGGACAGCUGUACAUGUGCAAUUGUUGUGAUUAUAUUAUUUAUGAUCAAAAACUAGCAAGUCAACAACUUUGCCAACAGCCAAACAUCAAACAAGUGCGAUAACACAGCAAUAUUACUGACUAGUCCAACAGAAAGAAGGCCAGCUCGGCAUGUCUCCUGCAGCCUUUUAUUUUACAAAGCUCUCGCCAACGUCUGGCAGCCUCUUGCUUGUUCAUUCUCUUUUUCUCUCCCUUGCUUCCACUGACUAGCUAGCUUCUUCCAAAGAGCUUUCAUUGUACAUUAUGUACUUCUUGCUUCUUCUUGUAGCUAGCUUACUGAAGAGUCUGGUGUUUGACAUUGUGAUGUAAAGCAUUAUGUCGUUGCGAAAGUUUCCAGCCCAGGAUUCCAAUGCUACAUAGAGCAAUACCAGAUUCUCCAGGACCAGAGUGACAAUGACAGGGACUUCAUUCACCCCAUUAGUCAGUCAGUGUACCAUGAAGAUAGUUAUUUCAAGAUAAUUCACUACAUCAUGUUGCUUUAAACUUCAUUAGAUUCAAUAAUGAUUCCAAGGACAUCUCGCGGGAUUAAACGGUACAAGAUUUCCCGUCAGGUCAUGACAUUUUCCACACGCUCUUAUGCCACACAUCAAUCAAUGCAGUAAAAACAAAUGUAUAACGUCGACUUGUGGAACUGAUCAACUUCUCCCAGCUGAUGCGACACCAGGCGUACACCGUGGUAGUAAUCAAGUGAACCCACUUUUGUACUGUGAGUCCAGACAGUUGUGACGAGUGGUAACUAACUGGUAUAGUAGCAUUAUAAACAUCUAAAAACUGAGGUGCAGCUUUGCUCUGUUUGGGACUGUGAACUGCACUUUAUCAGAGCUGCUGAAGUUAAGAUGUGUGGAGAUUUGUGGUGAGAUUUCUGCCCACUCACAGUUAGUCUCGUAAUAUUACAACUUUUUUCUGGACAUGUCCGAGAACACAGAGAUGAGGGUGAGAUUCUAAAUGUGCAGAAAGUUUUGAACAUGAGCAAAAAACCUUCUGAAACACGUGCUAUUAAAGUCCAGGAGUUUCUAACUUGAAGUAGAAAGGUGCCACAUGCAUAUUGAAAGAGGUUAAUUCCCCAAACAAAAUACACAGAGGGAAGACUAAAUCAUCUGCAUGUAUGCUGACUCAGCAGGAUGAUAUUACAUGAGAAAAGCUGAUCUACAGGAGAAAUAGAUCUGAAAGCAGCACAGAAUGUCGGAGAGCUGCACUGCAUUGGAUUUUAAAUCGUCACCUGCCACCUGAAUUGUGUUUCCUUUUACAUAAAUAAAAACAUUUCCACCAUAAAACUGGUGUAGAAAACAACUUAAAGUUAAAAUUAAACUAACUGUUUAAUGCUCAAAAUUUUCAUAUAAUUCAGCAUUGAAGAUUUAUUAAAAAUAGGGUUAAAAUCUUGUCUCAUCAUACCCCUAAUACCCAUAGCAGCUCUUACCUCAGAAAUGUUUGCACAUGUAAAACUCCAGUCCACACAGAGGAGAUAUUGCCAUGCAACCUAAAAAAUAGCCCAACUUUUUCUUUACUCUUUGCCACCACUGAUAUUGUUGACGUGCUUUGCACUUCGUAAUACUGCACAGAAGUGUUCCCUCUCCUAAAAGGUAUAUCCCCUGAUUUUCUUAGAGAGGCCAAUAGCUCAUACGAUGUAAUGUUUGAAUUUCAAAGAUCACUUGCAAUGUUAAGCAUCAUCAGUUCUGCAGGAAUUUGGGGUUUUGGGGGCACUACUGGUACCUAUUUUACAAACAGGGAGCAUAUCUUUGUAUAUUUGAACAACUCCAUUGUUCAUAGGGUUCUAUUUUUUUAGGAAUCACCUUGCAGCAUUAUUAUUAGUGAGGUCAAACUAGGUCAGCCUCUGCUCAGAUCGCAUGGAAUGGAUUUGUUACCACUUUCAAACACUGAAUUGUCAUGAACCAUGCUGUUUUUCCAGCAGCCAGAUUUUAUACUGAAGUUACAAAAAGUGAUUUUCAUUGAUUCGCUGUUCAGGCAAAUGCUCAUACACUCCCAAAAGCACUUCAUCUCUAAAUAGUACAUUUCCUUUCUGAACAGGUUUGAAAUAACAAUGUCCUGUACUAUACAGUUCGUAAAAUACUUUCGUUUUAUAUGGUUCUGUUGUAUGUAAAUGACUUACUAUGUGGAAGAAAUGAAUGCAUACUGAAACAUUUCCAGCCACAUAAUCUUAGAAUUACUCUACACAAUAUUUUCAUAGUGUCAGAGUGACAAUUGUCAAGAGCAACUAUUAACUACAAUGCCUGAUGCCAGCUGGGAUUUGCUCUAGCACCCCUGCAACCAUGUAUGCAGGAUGGAGUUAAACUUAGGUGUUUUUCAACCUGGAUCCUAUUGUUUCCCAUGUUUUUGUGCUAUGUAACUCCAUAAUUGGGACAGCAUUUUUUGAAACUGAUCCAGUAUUGAGCGAGCAUGUGGCUUUGAUGAGUGCGAUAUAGUCACUGUAAGUGGUUAAACAAAAAGGAUCUUACACUUUUAAAAAGGUCUAUAUCUGUGUAGGGAUCCUUUCCAUAAUGUUGUCAGACACUUGUAAAACAAUGUGAGCCUGUCAUUGGCAAAAAUAAGAAUUUUAGUAGACAUAUUUUGACGGAGCCCACAAGCAGUGGUGGAAAUUAACUUAGAUGAAAUUAACUUAGAUAAAAUUAACGUAGAUGAAAAAAUCCACCGGCCAAAAUAAUAACUUGCCCUUUUAUGUAAAUUUUUUUGUGCAAGAAAAACAUUGGUCUGUAAUUUAUUAAUGCUAAAUCCUAACAAAAAUCGUAACCAUUCAUGCACAAAAUUUUAUGGGCAAAUGCUUGUAAAAUACUGUUGAGCAAGGCAUCAUCCGUCCUGAACCCGUCGCGCUACUUUUCUUCUUCUUGUUUUAUUUGCAGGUGCUGCUGAAUUCCCUGAACUGUUAACAAACUGUUCUAUAUGCUGCCACCGGCUUUAACUGAGGGGAACGUAGCAAACAGCGGGUAUAAAUAAACGGGAGAUUUACAGGGAAAUAUUUAAAAGGGAGGACACCGGGAGACAACGGUAUAAUCCAGGAGAAGCCUGGGGAAAACGGGAGUGUUAGGUAUGCAACUUACAGUGGUAGCUAGCUAGCUAAAUGCUAAAAACACUCAAGGUCCUCCUAGUACGACUUGACUGCUCCCAAUUCCAAUCCCCUAACACUUACAUAUCUAUGCCAAUCAAACACAACACCAACCAAUUUUAUGGCAAUUUUUGGAUGAUUUACACACUCCGUACUUUAACAAACUCCUCUAAGGGAUUUAG